AUGUGGUUGGUUUCCGCCGGUCUGCUCCUCUCUGUGGCAGUGACAGUAUUUGGUGUGUCUUUCUGUAUCCAGAGGGCCAUUCAGAGGAACAGCAUAUUCUCUCAGGAGUGUCUGAGGACACCAGCACCUCUCGUGACAGACCAGAAGAAGAGGGAUGAGGUGCUAAAGAGAGGUUUCCGCAUGGACCGUAUACCAGUCAACCUUGACGCUGUUGUCAUUGGCAGUGGUAUCGGAGGGCUGUCGGCUGCAGCAGUGCUGGCUAAGGCACAGAGGAAAGUCCUGGUCCUAGAGCAGCAUGACCAGGCUGGAGGAUGCUGCCACACCUUCGAGAACCAGGGCUUUGAGUUUGACGUGGGGAUCCACUACCUUGGGCAGCUGCAUGAGAACAGCCUGCUCCGUGUGGUUCUUGACCAGAUCACAGAGGGACAGCUCCAGUUCUCACAGCUGGAGGAGCACUACGACACCAUGAUCAUUGGUCAGGGCUCCAACCGCAGGGACUACCACGUCCACGCAGGCAAGACAGAGAUGAGAGACAGCCUGGUCAGGCAGUUCCCUGAGGACGUGGAGGCUGUGGAUGAGCUGAUGAGACUGAUGAAGCUAUCGUCUAGACACACUCCACUUUUGGCCUCUCUGAAGAUGAUGCCACUGUGGCUGGCCAACUUCCUGAUCAGAACAGGACUUCUGGAUCGCAUUUCCUAUAUAUUCCGCUUGGCCUCUACGAGUCAUUCUCAUAUGAUCACCAAACUAACCAAGAACAAGGAUCUGCAGGCUCUCUCUGCAUACCUUUUCUAUGGUGUUCCUCCUAAAGACUCUAGUUUCCUCAUCAAUGCCUUGCUGCUGCACCAUUAUAAGCGAGGUGCUUACUAUCCACGUGGGGGCGCCAGUGAGUUCGCCUUCCACAUAAUCCCAGUCAUUCGGAAAGCUGGGGGUGCAGUGUUGGUUAGAGCUCCAGUGCAACGUAUUCUCAUUGACCAAAAGGGAGCAGCUUAUGGCGUGAUAGUGAAAAAAGGACAAGAGGAGAUUGAGGUGCAUGCUCCAGUGGUCAUUUCUGAUGCUGGCAUCUUCAACACAUUUGAGAAGUUCCUACCAGCAGAGAUCCAAGCCAAAAAUGAGAUCCAGUCUAUACUGGGCAUGGUUCGCCAUGGCAUGGGCUCGUUCUUGGUUUUCGUUGGCCUCAAUGGAACCAAGGAGGAACUCGGCAUAGUGCCCACCAACUUCUGGAUGUACAAACACAAUGACUUAGACCUGCUGAUUGAACAGUACAGCUCUCUAAACCGGGAUGAGGUGGUUGGGAAUAUCCCCAUGAUGUUCAUCACGUUCCCUUCAGCCAAAGAUCCCAGUGCCAACACGCGACACCCGGGGAAGUCAUGCAUGACACUCCUGACCAUGGCCAAGUAUGAGUGGUUUGAGGAGUGGAAGGACACAAAGCUCAGCAGGAGAGGGGAAGAAUACGAGAAUCUGAAGAUGAAUAUGGCAAAGGAGCUGCUAGAAUGGGCCUUCCUGAUCUUUCCUCAGCUCCGUGAUAAGGUCGUAUUCAUGGACGCAGCCACGCCCCUCACCAACAUGCACUACCUGGGGGCUCCACACGGGGAAAUGUAUGGAGCUGAGCACAAUCUACACAGGUUCAGCCCAGAGGUGGUGGCCCAAACCCGGGCCCAGACACCUGUAAACGGGCUGUUCCUCACAGGCCAAGACAUCUUCUGUAACGGGAUGGCUGGGGCUCUGCACGGAGGCCUCCUGUGUGCCUCGGCUGUUCUAAACCACAUCGUCUACAUUGACCUGCUUGCUCUGAAAAGACAACUUAAGAAACAGAAGAGUCUGAAUAGAGCCUGA